AAAGACAACUUCCAUUAGACACUUAUAAAGGAAAAGGAAAUAGUGACAUUUGUGUCAUUGCAACUUUUCACUUUGACACCUGUCAUUUUAAUAAUCUUUCUUUGUUCCACUCAUAGCCUUUACAAGUGUAUGUUGCGAUCAAAAAUGGAGCAACCUGUAUACAAUAAUUAGUAUAAUAGUUGAUAAUGUUAAUAUAGGUACUUGUAAAUUCAAAUAAACCGCCUUUGUAAUCUUCGGCGAGUCGAAAUUCGCACAGAAAUUGCAUCGGUUACGUAAUUUAAAACCAAGUCUAUUUUCCGGCGCUGGGCAUUAAAAGGGCGCCGACGCCGAUAUCGAUUGUUUCCACGUCGUGAGUUCGCGAGUGUCGUGAGUGACGUAAGGACGUUUUUUCCGUCCUCUCAAUCGACAGAGCGCCAUGACCGCCUCCUAGGGCCCCUGUUAUGCCGCUGCGCCGGGAAAUCCGCUGAAGCGCCCCCACCGGACGAGCAACAACCAUGGCGAACGUGGCCCAUUUGGUGCGCAGGCAGAGCUCGCGCGACCUCAACCCCCAGCGCUCCCUCGACCGGCUCGAAUUGCGCGAGAUGCGGGGCCGGCUCGUCUCCGAGAACGGCGCCGGCGGCGGCGCCUACGGCGCCACCAACGCCGCCUUCAUCGAGGAGUCCAGUCCGGGCAGCAAGGCCAAGUCGAAUUUGAGCAGCAAAAGGAAUUCCACCGACGGUAAAGGCAUCUUCAAGCCGGAAUGCGGUGAAGACGAGCGUGAAUCCUGGGAUAGCAAGCUCACCUUCUUGUUGGCUACCAUCGGGUAUGCUGUUGGUUUGGGUAACGUGUGGAGGUUUCCUUAUUUAGCGCAGAAAAACGGUGGUGGAGCCUUCCUCAUUCCUUACUUCGUUAUGCUGGCCAUUGAAGGUAUACCAAUCUUCUAUUUGGAGCUGGCAAUUGGCCAGAGACUGAGGAAGGGCGCCAUCGGCGUUUGGAACCAAGUUUCCCCAUUUCUAGCAGGAAUUGGAAUAAGUAGCGCCGUUGUAUCAUUCAACGUAGCCCUAUACUACAACACCAUCAUAGCUUGGUGUCUGUUCUACUUCGUGCAGAGUUUCCAAAGCCAACUACCUUGGGCCGAAUGUCCUAACGUUUAUUUCCCCAACGGUUCAUACACCACAGAAAAAGAAUGCGAAGUGAGCAGUCCAACGCAAUUCUUCUGGUACAGAACCACGUUGAUGAUAUCGGAAGACAUCAACACGCCGGAGAGCUUCAACUGGAAAAUCGCCCUGGCUCUUCUAGUAGCCUGGAUUCUGGUGUAUUUAUGCAUGAUCAAAGGCAUCGCUUCGUCGGGAAAAGUCGUCUACGUGACGGCCACGUUUCCCUACCUGGUGCUCAUCGUGUUCUUCUUCCGCGGCAUCACGCUGAAGGGCGCCGGCGACGGCAUCAGGCACCUGUUCACGCCCAGCUGGCACACCAUCCUCGAUCCGGUGGUGUGGCUGGAGGCGGGCACGCAGAUCUUCUUCUCGCUGGGGCUCGCCUUCGGCGGCCUCAUCGCCUUCUCCUCCUACAAUCCCAUCAACAACAAUUGCUACAGGGACGCCAUCAUGGUGUCGUUCACGAAUUGCUUCACGAGCAUGUUCGCCGGCAUCGUCGUCUUCUCGGUGAUCGGCUUCAAGGCGACGAUGGCGUUCGAACGUUGCUUGGAGCUGAGGAAUCACACGUUGAGGGAGUUCUUCGGCGGGGCGUUUAACGGUACGAUUCUACCCGAAGCGAAGACGAUCGUUAAUUUCAGCUUGGGCGGGGAGUUGGUGAGGAAAAUGAUGCCCGAGCUGCCGGUGUGCGAUCUCCAGCAGGAAUUGGACAAGUCGGCGUCCGGUACCGGAUUGGCGUUUAUAAUCUUCACCGAGGCGAUCAACCAAUUCCCCGGCGCCCAAUUCUGGUCGGUGUUGUUCUUUCUCAUGCUGUUCACGUUGGGCAUCGACUCGCAAUUCGGCACGCUCGAGGGCGUCGUCACGUCGUUGGUCGACAUGAAACUGUUGCCCGGCGUGCCCAAGGAGAUGCUGACCGGCGGUCUGUGCGUCGCCUGUUGUCUCAUCUCGAUGGGCUUCGCCCACGGCGCCGGCAGCUACGUGUUCGUCCUCUUCGACGGCUUCUGCGGCAACUAUCCGCUGUUGAUCAUCGCCUUCUUCGAGUGCAUCGCCGUGUCCUACGUCUACGGAUUAAGAAGAUUCGCCGAUGAUAUUGAGAUGAUGACCGGUAGUAGACCUGGUCUAUAUUGGCUGGUGUGCUGGAAAUACCUGUCGCCUUUGGCGAUGCUGUCUAUAUUGGUGGCGAGUUUCGUGGAAAUAGCGGUCGAUGGUAGCGGAUACUCGGCUUGGGUGGCGUCCAAAGGGGAAACCGUUCGACAACCGUGGCCCGUUUGGGCUAUAUCGUUAAUCACUGUACUGGUAUUGGCUUCUGUUUUGUGGAUACCGGGUUCGGCUAUAGCAAGGUUGUUCGGUUACGUGGUGAUCGAUGACAACGAGAAGGCUUGGUUUCCCGCCGACGAGUUGAAGGACUUCCACGGGAUAAUGCCGCACGAGGUGACCGCCGCCGAGAGGAUGUUGUUUUGCAUAAGGGCCGACGGGUCGGAGGGGUUGUGUUGCCCCACGAGGUACGCCUAUGACGAAGACGACGACGAUGGCGCUUAAAUAAGAUUCCGGCUGGACGAGUAACCGGUAGAGGGCGCUUUAAAUUUUGAAGAGGAAUUAUUGAAAGGUAUACAAUGAAGUUUUAAUAUGAGUAAACGAAAUUAAAAUAAUGGUGCUAGUUAGUAGCGUUCUAUUUUCUACCACCAGAGGGCGUAUAGCUUGUAUUGAAUUGCCGAUAAAGUGGGAAAUUGAAUUGGAAUUGCAGGAAUGGAUUGUUUGGAAGAAUAGUAAUAAAUUGUCAUCGAAAUUUAACGCCUUCAUGCGAGUAUAAUUAAUGAAAAUAACGGUUGUUGCUGGAAAAACGAAUUAGUAAAAAAAUCAUAACAAGUUAUGAGUAACUCAUAUCAAUGGAAUUGAUUAAUCAAUAUUAAUCCGACAAUAAUCGAAAUGAGAUUAAUAAUAUCUAAUAUUUUUUUUCUUUCGAUAUUUAUGUGUUUGUUAUUGUUAAUUAUGCUACAUGCUACUUAUAAUAUUAUAUUAAGCACAGGGUGAAUUUUUGUCUAUUUAAUUAAUCAUAUCGGAGAAAACGUCUAAUUAAACUGAAUUUAAAUUAAUAUCAUCGAAUGUUCCGCAUAUCUUCAUAUGCAUAUCAAUACUGGGUAUAUCAUUAAAUUACGAAAAUAUUAGAUAUUUGUAUCACCCUGUAUGCAUAAAUUGAAAUUUAUGUAAUUUUAUGGGGCGCUUAGAUAGUUCGUAUUGGAACGUCGCCAUUACAUUUAGUCAAUUUUAAAAUCAAUAAUAAUUUAGACAAUAAAUCUAGGAUUAAGACAAAAGUAUUUUAAUUAGACGACUGUCGGUGUAAUUCGAUUGAUUCCUCGGUAAUAUUUGGAUGUGAGUAGUAUUUUUUUUUUGUAUUCUGAUUGAUAGAAGAGGCCAAAUAUUUUUGGGCGAUUUUUUAUCGAAUUUUGGAAAUGUUUUCGAAUGGGUAUGAAUUAUUCGAAAUUUGCAAAAUAAUAAUACAAUUUGAUCGGAAUCAAACACGCUUUAAUUACCCAUUUAGUUAAUAAAUUUACCAAAAUUCAUAAUUAACGUCCAAAUUACCUUUACAAAAGACAAUAAAUUGUAUUUCCAUUGCCUAAUUAUAUUUUACGAAU